AUGCCACUCUAUCAUCUACCAAAUGAACUGAUACUGUUGAUCGCCGAGAGCUUGAAGUCAAAUGGGGAUCUCAAUAGUUUGAUUCAAACCAACACCCACCUUUGCAAGUUGCUUGACCCCCUCCUCUACCUUCGGGAUGCCGCAUCUUAUUCACCACAGGCAAUAUUGCAUGCGGCUGAGGGAGGAAAUGAUAAUACGGCUCGAAAAUCACUAGAAACAGGGUUAGAUCUUGAGUGCUGCCUUUAUUGGGGUAAAACGCUGUUGUGCUCAGCGGCGGAAAACGGCCACGAUAAAGUCCUUCAGCUGCUUCUUGCUUAUGAUAAGAGUGUUGACCCAGACGAGGAGAACCCAGACGGAGAAACACCACUGAUUUGUGCGGCAAAAUGGGGACACGACUUAGUAGUCAAGGACCUACUUUUAACCGGUAGAGUCGAUGUCAACUUUAAUUGCUGGGGCCUCACCCCUCUUUGCUAUGCGGCAUGGAACGGUCAUAAAGCAGUUGUAAAUCUGCUUCUUGAUACCGAUGGUAUCAAUUUGGAUUACACAGAUCCCGAUGGGCGAACAGCUAUAUGCUUAGCAGCAGAGUCAGGCAAUGAGUCGGUUGUCAAACUUUUGAUCGCAGCAGGUGCCGAUCUAGGCGACAAAGGAAAUACCAGGCUAUCGCCGCUUUUAGUAGCAGCACGGUAUGGAAAUGAGUUGAUCGUUAGGAUACUGCUGGCCACAGGUAGAGUCAAUCCAAACACUACGAACAGCGAGGGCGAAUCACCACUAUCUUUGGCGAGAGAGCAAUGCCACGAAGCGAUUAUCAAGGCCCUAGAACUGGAACUAGACCUGGCACUCACCCGCGGCUAA